AAAAACAGCUGUACCAUCAAACGACGCUGUUUACAUAUUUAUUUAUUGAGCUCAACAAAAUAUUAGUUUUUAUUACUGCACGCAAUGCUCAAGAAUAUGUGCAGAGUGUGUGGCAGAUAUGCAGCCUACAAGAAUUCGAUAAGACUCUUCGAGGAUCAAAACAUACUUUGGCGCAUUCAAGUCCUUACGGGAUUAAUUUUGGAAAAUGCAAAAUGCUUGCCGAAUCUAAUAUGCAUUUGCUGUCAGACGGAAUUACGCGAGGCAAUCAGAUUUUGCGAUAGAGUCGUGGCAGCACAGCAGCAGCUCCUGUCUGCCUUAAGCGAGGAAGAGCUGAAGCAUGUAUCCAAGGAGUACCGGGUAGCCGUAAUGGAAUAUGCUGGCAACAGUAGCCAAAAAUUAAUCAAUGCCAGGCACUUUGAGUCACAACCGGAAACCGCGGCUGCAAGUGAGCCUGAGCCGGAUGAAGAGUUAAUAAUUAAAGUGCAACAGGAUGAAGACGAGAUAAUUAUAGAGGAGCACAGCCAACAUGGAGACCUCAUAGAGUACGACAUAAACAUUGAUGAUGACUUAGUUAGAGAGGUGGAUGAAGCUCAGCAUGCCCGUACCUUACCGGAAACAAUAAAAAAUCCACUUGACGAGCACCCAAGUGCACUAGUCAGCGAUGCUAACGAAAAUUCAGCUACCGAAGACUAUAUCCUGCCUGACAAGGAUUCGGAUGAGGAGUGUGCAGUUUUGGACAGAGUGUUAAACGACGAGAUUGCCAUGCAAAGUGUCGGCAGGAAAAAACGGGGACGAAAACGCGUAGGAAGUCUGAUAUUUGUCUGUGAUGAAUGUGGCAAUCAUAUAUCUGGACGCAUGGCCUUUGAAUUGCACUGCAGACGACAUCGUGGAGACAAACAGUUCCAAUGCGACGUGUGCCAGGAUCGCUUUUGCACCAGCUCCGAACUAAAACGACAUAUGCGAAGGCACACCGGGGAACGUCCCUUUGCAUGCCAGUACUGUGGACGCUGCUUCACGGACUAUAGCACGCGGCUGAAACACGAGAGGACACACACCAAUGAGCGCCCGUAUGUGUGCACCAGCUGUGGAAAGGCCUUCACCACCGCCUACAUACUCAAGAAUCACAUGCUCAUUCAUUCCGGCGAGCGAGCUUUCAGUUGCGAGCUGUGCAAUAAAACCUUUAUACGCCAAACACAUUUGGCUACUCAUUGUCGGUCCAGCGCACACAGGCGUAAUCUAGAGCAGCAAAACCAGGGAAUAAAAGUGAAAAGUUAAUUGAUUUGAAUUUUGUAUUCAUAUACAUAUGUAUAAUAAGCUCAAACUUUUCAACAUGUAUCUGCUUUUGUAUGUGUAGGGUAUAAUUAAACAAUAAUAACCUUCAUGAAGUGUACAUUUGUGAUUUUCCAGACUAUAUACUAGAGUUUCAUUAAAGUUCUGAAAUGAAUGAGUUUCA